GUCGGGACCUGCAGCAGCUAGACUUGAGCGCUGGCUAAUAUUUGAAUCAGGAUUCAAGCUCCCAACCUAUUGUUUGACUGCUGCUAUACUCUCUCACUUCAGAAACUCAACUUCGUUUCCCCUAAACUAAACAUUCAGAAUGGAAACAGCUCUCGAAGACAUCAAGCGCUUGGCAAUUUCCUCUGAUGAGGACGCUCGUCAGUCGAUUAUGUCAGCGUUGCACAAGCUGGCAUACUCGAUGGAAAGUCCAAACGAUACCAUACGGAGAUACGGCCAUUUAACUCUCCAGACAGCAGCCAUUAAAAUCGGCAUUGACUUGGGUCUGUUUGUAUACUUGGCUGAAUCGAAGUCUCCCUUGUUUGCGGAGCAGAUCGCGCAGACGACAGGCGCAGAUAUUCAGUUGUUGAAUCGAGUCCUGCGCUACCUUUCUGCAAUCGAUGCAUUGGAUGAGGUAUCCAAAAAUUCAUAUCGUGCCAACCAUAUCACGCAAAACCUCGCACAGAAGGUUACAGAAGCUGGCAUUCGUCACUACUUCACAACUGUCGCACCUCAAUAUCAUGCUCUACCUACGUUUCUGAAGAGAACAAACUACAAGAGCCCCACGGACGAGCUUCACACAGCUUUCCAAGAUGCGUGGAAGACAUCGCUGCAUGCCUUUUCCUGGUUCGCGGACAAUCCAGACCACCUAGCUCCAUUCAACGACUUCAUGGCGCUGCGGCGUCAACCUGGACUCUCUUGGCUGUCAAUGUAUCCUGUCGUUCAAGAGUCUCGCGGCUGGGAGGUCGAGAUGCCAAUAUACGUUAACAUUGGCGGCGGCAUUGGGCAUCAAUGUGCCCAAUUUAAGGAAAUGUACCCUGAUAUUCCUGGCCGUGUGAUCCUUCAAGAUUUGUCGCACUCGAUUGCAAACGCACUUCAAACGCCAGGAGUCGAGAAUAUGGAGCAUGACUUCUUUGAACCACAACCAAUCAAGGGCGCCAAGUUUUACUACAUGCGAGGAGUAUUGCACAACCACCCACCUCACAAGGUCCGCAAACUGUUAGAGAACACCAAGUCAGCAAUGACGCAGGACUCCAUCCUCCUCAUUGAUGAGAUGAUACUUCCAGAGACUGGCGUGAACGCCAAUGCAGCGUCUAUUGACAUGACCAUGUUGACGGCUUUUGCUAGUAUGGAACGCACAGAGUCACAAUGGCAAGAGAUUGUUCAAGCUGCCGGGCUUAAGUUGGUACAGAUAUACACAUACAAUCCUCAGAGUUACGAGAGUGUCAUGGACGUACGUCUACUAUGAUACGCCAACACAAGUAGCUUAAAGUUGCAACCGAAUCAUGUAUCUUGAAGAUCUUCCAACAUGCAAUUGUAUCACUGCC